GAAGCACUUUGAUGCGCUAUUCAUCAACCAUCUUGACUGCCCUGAAGGGUUUGGAAGUGACUUGGUCAUGGACGUACUGCCUGCUGUUCAUGUACGAGGAGCGUCACCCCUAGUGUUUCAAGUUGGAGUUGAAAUUGUUGGUAACUGCAUUCGCUUGUCAACUGGGUGGAGUUUGUUUGUUGAAUCAGAGAAGAUAGUGAGUGGGGACUAUGGUCUGUUCGUGCUUUCUACACCCCACACCAUAGAGAUGAAGCUAUUUGAUAGCAAUGGCAACGAGAAACCGAUGUCAGCACGUCCCCCAGCUUGGAAUUUAUUCGUUGCUUAUGGAGAGGAGGAUGGGCAGCCUAACCCACCACCAGCUCAGGAUGAUGUGAAUCUAUAUGCUGGUGCUUUUGCUGAUGGUUACAUAUCAAUAGUGCCUGAGCACUUGCUUGGCAUGCAAUACGAGCUUGGCCCAAAGCUGAUGAUGACUGGUCCACUGAUGCAAGCUCUAAGCGAUGUCUGGAUCAAUUUUGAGACUCACUUCCCGCUGUACGCAUGCAAGCUGAACCACAGCCACAUUAACGGUGGGACCUUUUAUUUCACCACAAACUUCUCCAACACGCUUCCAACUGGACACAAGAUUGUCACCCUGUCGCACCCAGCAGACGACCAUCUGUUUGCUGCUACACUGAGGAAGAGAACUGGCAACACAGGACUUGCUCUGAUCAGUGGACCUGGCUGGAAGGAUUUUGUGAAGCACUACGGCUUCCAACUGGGAGACUUAGUGGUGCUUUCCAUCCGUCUCUACCUGGGUCGCCUCUUGGUCCGUGUCUUCCGUCUCCCAAUUGUUUGAGAGACAAGAUCCAAUGGGUACCAUGAAAUACUAUACUAUCGAGCUCGCGUGUACAAGCUCCGUAUGUAUUUCGUGGGAGUAUCUAUCUUAUGCAACUCUGAAUUGGCUAAUGUCAGGAAGUAAGCAAAAAAGACUAGUCCGUAAUGGGUAGUUUAUGUUAUUUCGUCUGAAUUCCAGCGGCCUAUUAGCACCCUAGCUACUAAAAAGACCAUAACUAUGUAUCCUUGAGUAUCAGAACUGUCAUGUAUUAACUAUUUAAAAAAACUGUGUACUGUGCGAGCA